CUUCUCAUCCCUGAUGAUUGGUCAGCGACAAAUGCAUAAAUAGGUUAUAGACUGCCGUUCGGGAUCUCGUAAGAAAAUCAUCGUUUAAAGAUAAGUUAGGUGGAUAAUUUUUAAAGCUGAUGUUAAAAGCGUAGACCUUAUGAAGAAUUAAGGGCCACCACUCGAAACUCCAGCCUUUGAGGCUCUUUUCGGUGGACAGUUUUCAUUAUCAACCCACUUGAGUGAACCAAAUUAUUUUAAAAUGCCCUCCACCGACGCGGCAGCAGAGUUUUUUGUAGAAUCUUAUCACCUUUAUUCGUCUCGUUAUUAUCUGCAGGUGAAGUAUGCCGAAGAUUUAGGAGUACCAAAAUCUAAAGGCGCUUGGCUGAUUGGUUUUCUAUCCAUCACCUCAACGCUUGGUCGAGUGGUAUUUGGCAAGAUUUCCGACCUUAAAUUCGUCAACAGACUCUACCUGUACCAAUUUUCGAUAUUUUCCAUUGGAUUGAGCACUCUCUUGUGUCCUCUGGUCAAAAACUAUGCAGGACUUGUGGGUUAUGCUCUGACAUUUGGAUUUUUUGAUGGCUGUUUUGUGGGCCAAGUGGCGGUGAUUACGGCUGAUGUGGUCGGACACGAUAAGCUUUCUCAAGCAGUGGGAAACAUGUUUGGAACUCUGGCGAUACCAAUGAGUCUUGGACCUCCGCUUGCAGGUUGGCUGUAUGAAGCAUUCGGUUCCUAUGAUGAAGCAUUUUACAUUGCCGGUUCUGUGGCAUUAUUUUCUUCUCUCUUGAUUUUUGGGGUGAACUACAUGAUUCGAAAGCAGUCUAUAGCAGGAAGGCAAUUGGGAUUUAAAAACGACUAUUCGUUGGGUGUCUCUGAAGCCGAAACGGCACCUGACUCCGUCCGUUUAGAAAGAUACAGAAUCACAGCCAAUGCUGGAAGAGAAGCGCAUUGUCACCAAUAAACUUUGCAAGCUUCUCUGCGCUUUAAGAACAAGCAAGGAACUUCUUGUGGUUGAGAGAGAAACUGUUUUAUAAUAUUUUUAAUGAUUCUUAGAUUACUGAUAGGGUAAUUUUCAACUAAGUGUAGAAAAUUUUUUUGGAUUGCUUUGGUUUCGCUUUACUCCGCCGUAUCCUUGGUCUAUAGAACUCGGCCUCUUUUCCAAUCAAUCAGAUGCAGAACCUAAACCAGCAGCACUUUUGUCACUUGCGUUUUCCCCCUGCUUCAAUUGCUCUUUUUUUUCGUCUGUUUGCUGGUUUUUAUUUUGAGUUUGCAUUUGCUCUUUGUGAUAUUUUACCUGGCUCUAAUUGGUUGUUGUAAUUAGUUUGAAUUGGCUUAUGACACUCUUUAAAUGCUCUUUACAACAAACGGCGUUCAUGACUGAAGAAAUGCGACUGAUUGUCAUGCUAAGAGACUGCAUUCAUCGAACAAAGGCUCCAAUCCCUGCAGAUACAAAAACGGCGGGUCUGUAAAAUGCCAUUAUUAUUACUGCUACCAUCAUCAUCGUCAUUACUAUUAUCAUUAUCUUUAUCUUUAUCGUUAUCAUUAUCUUCAUCGUUAUCAUUA